AUCACAAACCACAUUACAUGCCAUAACAUACCAUACCAUACCUACUUACUUCCCUUUCUAAAUUUCCAAACAUGAAGAACACAAACACUACUGUCACUGCUUCAUCAAAACUUGACCGCAAAACCAUUGAAAGGAACCGCAGAAUCCAUAUGAAAGCUCUCUGCUUCAAGCUUGUUUCAAUUAUCCCUUCCCAGUACCUCAAACCCACCAAGGACAUGCUUUCCCAGCAGGACCAGCUCGAUCUUGCAGCCACGUAUAUAAAGCAUCUGAGAGAAAGAAUAGAGAAACUGAAGGGGGAGAAGGAGCAAGCCAUGAAAAUGAUGAGAACAACCCAAACCAAUAACGGGAUUUUCAAUAUUGACGCUGAUCAAUUGCCUCUACUUGAGAUAAAGGAGUUGGGUUCGGGCAUUGAAGUGAUGUUGAUAAGUGGGGUGAAUAAGAACUUCAUGCUCUAUGAAGUAAUUAGUGUCCUUGAGGAAGAGGGUGUUGAAGUUGUCACUGCCAACUUCUCUACUGUUGAUAAUAAGAUCUUUUACACAGUUCAUGCUCAGGUUAAAAUCUCAAGAGUUGGCGUUGAACCAACGAGGGUAUAUCAAAAGCUUCAGGAAUUGAUUGCACCACUAGAAAGCUGGUAGUACAUAUGCAAGAAAAAAUUAUUAAAGGCCAUUAUCGGUGGCCAAUGAGAACAUGACAUCAUGCAAUGGGAGUGGUUAUAUAUGCACAUCAAUGGCACCUUAAUUAGUGAAGCGAUAUCUCAAGUGUUAUAGCGGAUUAGGUUACAUAUGUUUUAGGAAAAUUCAUCACUUCACGUGUUAAGAUAAUGUGUUACUACUUCCAUGUGUUCAGCAGUUCUUCACAUGUUCAGAUGUUACCAUUAAUUUCAUGUGUUUGAUUGGUUUAA